AUGGUUCAAAGCUUGCUGUCAAGACCUCAAGUCAAGAUGGCGGGUUGUGCGGUCAUGUCGCACUUUGCUCAGACGGCGCCUAUCCAGAUCUAUCCUCGCUCUGUCGCACGUAUCGUCGUCAACCUACCUCGCUCCCGCCGCAAGCCGACUUGGGGUNGGGAAGAAGACGUCGUGCUUCAGUCAGCAUGGCUGCGCUCUUUCACUACCGAUGGAACGCUGGCCACUCUGGAUAUGGACAGACCACCCAACAAGUCCAUGNCGCCUUAUGUGACGAAGCCGAAGAUAGAGCUCAAGGCAAAGGCAAAGAAGUCAGUUCGUUUUGACGAGACGGUGACCGUGCAUAGNUACCCUGCACCCAUCACCANGUCGGUCGCUUUCAGCAGCCGCAUUCAAGUCAGAACUUACCAGCCGGCGAGACCUCGCCCGGCAGUGAUCUCUGCGCCUGCGAUCCCCAAGAUCGUCCUCACCUCACCAGGUUGCACGGAACGCACUAUCUUACGAGCUCAGCCUGGGCCGGGGGCCAAUCCGGUCAAGAAGCCUGCCGUCGAGAAAGUGNUUCCAUUCAAGGACAUCAAAUGCCUUCGUGCUGACGCCUUCAUGCUGAAGAGCUGA